AGUUAUUGCAUACUAUCGCAAAUGGAGGCUGGCCACCUUGUUCUAAAUCAGCCACCGUCCAUGAUGACUGCCAGGCUUGACAGGACACUUUACGUCUGAUACACAAGCCUGCUUGGUUAUAAUUUAAAUACUAGUACAUUUCAGUGAUGAUGGUUGCCCUGUGCACACUACUAUGCGAGCUGGAAAAAAAAAAAAGAGAGCGAGAAAUGCAUUGGAAUGAAAGAAAGACGUUGAUAAGUGAACGAAUUUCAGAGCUCCGCAACCACUGCGCAAAACUGCAACAAAGCAGUGCCAUCCUUAUUUGGCUCAGCCGUAGUGACAACUUCUGAGCAUGCAUUGCUGCUUUUGAAUUUUUUGUUUUUUCCUCUGACUUCUGGCUGUGAGAAGUGCACAGACAAAAAGGAACUCAAUUUUGCUGUGUUUAAGGACAAAAGCUGGAACUAGGGAAGCCCAGAUAGCAGAAUGGCACCAUCUAACAUCACUGUACGAGAGCAAUUUGUUCUGUUUUCAGAAUAAUUUAGCACUAUUCAGACACGACCCAUCAAUCAUGGUGCUGCUGCUUCCGCUUUCAUUGGGAGCCAAAGGCCUCAACCUGACGGAAGCCACACAUGUGCUCCUCGUCGAACCCAUUCUCAACCUUGGGGAGGAGCUGCAAGCCAUAGGCCGGGUUCAUCGUAUUGGGCAAACACGGAAGACUUACAUUCAUCGCUUCAUGGUGAAGAAUACUAUAGAGGAACGCAUCGUCGACUUCUUAAAAUCAUCACAGACGUCUCGGAGCUGCUUAGAGGACCAUGCGAAGAUGACCAUCGACGACCUAAAGAAUCUGUUUAAGUGAACGCAAUG